AAUGGCUACCUCCAGCCCUUCAGACAACAUCCUCCGCCACACCACCGUGUUCCUGUCGGAAACUCUUCUGCAGUCUGAACUCCGUCAUCGCCUUUUCUCAGUGUUUCUUCAAUCCUGUAAAGAAAUGGAUCUUGGACCCCUCAAUCUUGAAGUUGAAACUAUAGAAAAUGCAGUUUCCACGUCCAGUUCUUCGAUCAAAUCUACCUCUCUCAGACUAGCUGAAAAGACCCUUCUUUCUUUAUCUGAAAACCAAUUUUCUUCUUUUUUAUUAUCUCUAGUUUAUACUCUUCUACGCAGACCUGUAGAUGCUGCUCUUAGUCUUCUUGAUGUGUUUUACAUUGAUCCUUCCAUUGCAAGACUGGAAAUUGCACCUAUUGUUUUUGAAGAGUUGUUUCUCAUUCAUCUCAUUCCCAUUGUUCAGUGGUAUAAUGAUCAAAGGUCAAAAAUUAUGUCUUGUAGUAUAUCAUUGUCAUCUAUGAGUGUAGAGCAAGCUUCUGAGUUGAAAGAAUUGGAGAGAGAGUAUGAAGAAAUUCUCGAUGAGAAUUGUAGGGUUUUUGCUGGAUAUUUUAAAGAGGUUUUGCAAGCUAAAAAUGGGGACAGGCUUAUUGAUCCGCCAUCUCUAAUUGUACUACAAAGGAAUGAAAAAAGUGACUCUUUUGAGUUUAGCAAGGAUGAGGAGAUGAUCAAUGAAGAAUUUGGACUGAAAAAUGGACGGUAUAAUCCAAUAUGGACUGAUUCUGCUGAAGGAGACAAGUCGUUCAAAUUAAAUAAGAGUAGCAAAAAUUUGUCCAAGUUUCCCUCAUUUUAUCCUGAGAGAGUUUCCCUGAAAGUUCUUACAAGCCAAAGAUCAUCAACAAAAUCAAAGCCUUUAGGAAAUUCCAAUUUUGAUUCAGACCACGAGCCUUGUUCAAGUGAUGAUUCCAAUGAUCGUUAUUCCACAGCAUCCAAAGAGGAUAUGAACAAAAGAAUGGCACUGCUCACCACAAGGCAGAGGCAGUAUCUAAACGAAAAGCAGCCCAUUUUGGGAGAAUCUAGCUGCCAUCCUUAUCCUUCGAUGGAAGACUAUGAUAAUAUGAAAUCCAGUGGAAAGAAUACACCUCCAAAGGAUUUUGUUUGUCCCAUAACUACAAAUGUACUUGAAGAUCCAGUGACUCUUGAGACUGGUCAGACAUACGAAAGAAAGGCAAUUCUAGAAUGGCUGGAGAGGGGAAACACCACUUGUCCAAUAACACGGCAGAAGCUACAUAAUACUCAACUACCAAAAACAAAUUAUGUACUCAAGCGCCUCAUUGCAAGCUGGCAGGAACAGGACCAAAAUUCAGCUCCUGUUCAAACGAAACUGAAUAGGUGUGAGGCUGAAUAUCAACCACCAGCUCCUCGUAGUUCUUCAGAUUGCACUAUCAGUGAGCUUCGCCGUGCAAUAACCAACCUCUGUACAUCAGAGAUUCUGAGAGAGUCUGAAAUGGCAGUUCUUAAAAUUGAGAAGUUCUGGAGAGAAGGUCAGAUGGUUGAUAUUCAGACAAUUCUCUCAAAACCUCCAGUUAUCAAUGGCUUUGUAGAGAUCCUUUCCAAUUCUGUUGAUCCCCAUGUUCUGAUAGCAACAAUAUUUCUCCUCUCUGAGUUGGGCUCAAGAGAUAAUGGUGUCAUCCAAACACUGACCAGAGUUGACACUGAUGUAGAAUUCAUUGUUGCUCUUUUCCACAAGGGCUUACUGGAAGCUGUUGUUCUGAUCUAUCUCUUGAGGCCAUUCAUUGGAAAUCUUGCAGAAAUGGAAUUGCUGGAUUCUCUUCUAAAAGUUGUCAUCAGUAGGGAGGAAGACUUGGUUAGCAUGUUUAUGAAGCCGAAAGCAUGUGCAGUGCUUCUUCUAGGACAUGUUCUUAGAAACACAGAGGACGAAAGAGCUUCCAAAAUUGUCAAGAGGGUGACUUCGGAAAAAGUAGUUGAGGCUAUAUUAGGCAGCUUGGAAGCUGAAUUAGUCGAAGAACAACUUUCAGCUGUGUUUAUUUUGUUGAGAAGCAUGCAACUUGAUGGACGAUGCAGGAAUAUGAUAGCAGAUAAAGCUGAAUUAACUCACCUGUUAGGGAGCUUCGUUGAGUCGAACGAUGCAGAUAGAAGGACAUUUAAUGAGCAAGUGUUGCACAUCAUUAAGAAUGAAGGUACCUAUAGCUCAAUGCACAGCCUCCUCAUAUACUUACAGACAGCUCUCCCUAAUCAGUGUCCUGUUGUGGCUGGCCUACUUCUUCAACUUGAUCUGCUUGCAGAACCAAGGAAAAUGAGCAUCUACAGAGAGGAAGCUGUGGAUGUCCUAAUUAUGUGUCUCAGAAAUUCAGAUUAUCCCGACUCUCAAAUACGUGCUGCUGAGACACUUUUAGCGCUCCAAGGAAGGUUUUCCUAUUCUGGUAAACCUCUUAUCAGGGAGUUUCUACUUAAACGUGCAGGACUUCACCGGUCAGAUAGUAAUGUGGCAAAAAAUGAUAUUCGAUAUCUGAAUAAUGAUAGUCAAGAAACAACGGAAGAAGAGGAAGCUGCUAAGGACUGGGAGAGGAAAAUGGCAUUUUCUCUGGUCAGCUAUGAAUUCGGAUUACUAUUUGAGGCUUUAGCGGAGGGCCUGAAGAGUAAAUCAGCUGAUUUAUUUUCUGCAUGUCUUGUGUCUGCUACUUGGCUGGUAUACAUGCUGACCAUUCUUCCAGACACUGGAAUUAGAGGAGCAGCAAGAGUAUGCUUACUCAAGCAGUUUGUAUCAAUAUUUAAGUCUUCCAGGGACACAGAGACUAAAGCACUUUGCUUGCUUGCACUGAGGAGCUUUAUUCGUGAGCCUGAAGGACUGCAUUAUCUAACAAACUAUGUGAAGGAUAUACUUAAAGGCUUGAGAGAACUAAAGAAAUCAUCCACCAUGGCUGUUGAAAUUUUUAACCUUUUCUCAGAAGAGCGAGAAUCUAGUGCUGAUAUGUGGAAUCAUAAGGAAAUUGCGCUGGUGGAUUGCAGCAUUAACGGUGAAGUCUCUUCAAAUGUGUGCUUCAGAAAUAAAGUUUUUUCCAGUCAUACAGAUGGAACUAUAAAGGUAUGGACAGUAAAAGCUAAAAGUUUACACCUCCUCCAAGAAAUCCGAGAUCAUAUGAAAGCAGUGACAAGCCUGGUGGUUCUACAAUCAGCAGAAAAGUUGUACAGUGGUUCACUUGAUAGAACUGUGAGGGUAUGGUCCAUCCAGGAUCAAGGAAUAGAAUGUGAAGAAAUUCAUGAAAUGAAGGAUCAUGUCAAUAACCUACUGGUUUCAAAUAGCUUGUCAUGCUUCAUUCCUCAGGGAGCUGGCAUUAAGGUGCAUUUAUGGAAUGGAUCAACCAAACUUUUAAAUCAACAGAAAUAUGCAAAAUGCUCGACUCUUGUUAAAGGAAAACUCUAUUGUGGAUGUCUUGAUAACAGCAUUCAGGAUAUUGAUUUGCCAACCGGAACAAUUAAUUCAAUUCAAAGCGGCUCAAGAAAAUUAUUAGGGAAAUCAAGUCCCAUUUAUGCCCUACAAGUUCAUGAUGGACUAUUAUUUUCAGCUGGUACUUCCUUGGAUGGAGCAGCUGUGAAGAUAUGGAAUACUGCAAAUUACAGUAUGGUUGGAUCAUUGCAAUCCACGUUAGAAAUCCGCGCAAUGGCCAUCAGUUCAGAGCUGAUCUAUUUAGGGGGGAAAGGAGGGAUUGUGGAAGCCUGGUGUAGAAAGAAACAUGAUAGAGUGGAAGCACUACAAACUGGUACAAAUGGUAAAGUUAUUUGCAUGGCUCUUGAUGCUAAUGAAGAGACUUUGGUUAUUGGAACAUCUGAUGGCAGAAUUCAGGCUUGGAGGCUGGGUUGAAGUAAGAUGGUGUAAUUAGCUGGUUUUAGAGUUGAUCGAUGGAGAUCAGAAAAUAUUUAUCAACAUUCUUUUCAAGAAAUAAGCAAUGGAAAUGUCCAUACCCCAUAUCAACAAUGUUACUAAAAUUUGUACAUAGUUGAAUUCAUUACAUCAAUAAACUCUUGGGCUUGAUCUCAA